AUUGCGAAGAUUUUCACUGAACGGAAAACUUCGAGAAGCGAAAUGGAGGAUAACUUCGUCGACGGCGAUCGGCCGACGCUGAUGGUGACGAACGACGACGGAAUCGACGCGCCGGGAUUAAGAGCUCUAGUUAAUGUGCUUGUUUCUACCAAUCGCUUUCACGUCCUUGUUUGUGCUCCUGACUCAGAAAAGUCAGCUGUUAGUCAUAGCAUUACAUGGCGUCAUGCCCUUUCUGUUAAGCAAGUGGACAUUAGCGGAGCAACAGCCUUUUCAGUUUCAGGUCUGUUGCAAUCUUCAACAAAUAAAUAAUUUAGAGUUCUGGACUGAACUAGCAACAGCCUUUUCAGUUUCAAGAACUCCAGCAGAUUGUACUUCCUUGGGAAUCUCCAAAGCUCUUUUCCCUUCAGUGCCUGAUCUGGUGAUCAGUGGUGUUAAUAUGGGUGACAACUGCGGCUAUCAUAUAGUAUACUCGGGUACAGUGGCUGGCGCUAGGGAGGCUUUCUUCAAUGGUAUUCCUGCUGUGUCUGUAUCAUAUAAUUGGGUUCGUGGAAAAAGCAAUGUUACUGACUUCACACUGGCUGCUAAAGCUUGCUUACCCAUCAUCAGCGCUAUAUUGGCUGAAAUCAAAAGAAACAACUAUCCUCUAAAUUGCUUUCUGAAUAUUGAUGUGCCAACAGAUGUCAUCAAUCACAAGGGAUACCGUUUGACUAGACAAGGGAAAAGUUUUGUCAAAAUGGGAUGGAAGCAAGUUAAUUCUGAGCGAGAAGGAGGAAAAGUAUUGUCCACAAUGACUAUGGAGACUAAUUCAUCAGAAAGUACAGAAGCUAGAGCUUUAAAAAAUGCACCACAAGAUCAUCUACUGUUUAAGAAACAAGUUACAAGAAUUCUAGUGGAGGAUGGUGAUACAGACUACUGUUCUCUCCGAGAAGGAUACAUAGCUGUCACACCCCUUGGCGGCUUGUCUCCGGCAGAGCUAGAUGCUGUUGCAUUCUUUCAGAAUUGGCUGCCCAGUGUUGUUGAUCUUUACCCUUCCUCUGCUUUAUAGUGCUAUGAAAGGUUUGUAGAGAUGAGACGAGAUAAGUGGAGUUGAAAGAGCUAAAGCUGAUGAGUUCACACAGAAUGGAAAAAGUUAAUGCAUUUACAUGUCAUUCCAGAUGUGGGUAUCCUCUCCCUGGUUAAAAUUCAGAUGCAUCUUUGUUUCAUUUUCUGCAAGAUAUCCUCUCUAAUGUUUCUUAGGCGUUUACUGAGAUCAUAGCAUUUGUUAUGUAACAGAUUUGGUGUAUGUUCAAGCUUAAAGUUUUUCUACAACCUGUUUUGUCUGUUCUCCUAGUUAUUGCUUUAAGCUUAAACCAAGCGAUUAUUCUCAUUUCCAGAAAAGGGAUCAAUCUAUACUGCUAUAUUCUCCCUGUGAUUGCAUAUGAUCGUCUAAAAUCCAAUUGACUUAUUUUAUCUU